CAUAUUUUAAUAACUGUUUCAUAAAGUAUUACAGAUUUUUUAAAUCACUGAAACCUAGUCAAUCAUAUUGCUUUCACUAAAUAUUUUUAGUGAAAAUAACACGGAUUUUUAAAAUAUAAUUAAUAUAGCUACUUUAAAUGUUUAUUUCAUCUCCUUUUUACACUUUAAAAAGGCUUUACAUCAUACACAACAGGACGUGUCUAAACUUACAUAAGUAUAGAGACUUUUUCUGUAAUAUGGAAGCGCAAUAAAAAAAAAACGUUUGGAGAGCACACACAGUUUAGACAGGUAGUUGAUACUGUGGGUGUUAGGAACGUAUCAGAAUUAUAUUAUCUCCGAGUGCGAAAACAUCGCUGUACCACAGAAGUCUUCAAGAAGGACAUCCCACCAUGUUUUCAUAAGGGGAGGUUUGAGGAAUGAGCAGGAUUUGGAAAAAUAACCAUCGCAAAAUUUGCUGUCUAUAAAACAGUACAAUGCUUACUGCCACAGGAGAUUAACAUACUUUAAAAACAUUUUUAAAAGAGGAUCCUAGGUCCAAACUGAAGCCCUACUCUCUGAAGCUAUCUCAGCCCCAGACUUGAACCUGUCCGAGAAGGAAGUUCCCCGAAAUGGCCCAGCAGAGUGCAGCUCUGAUGGAGGGAGGCUGGAGGAAAGUGAUACCUCUUUCGCGAGCUAUGGACUUGUCCCCUCCCCAAGCAGGAGACUAGACUUGAGGUCCCUCGAGCCGAGCCCUCGGGAGGGUGGGGAGAGGGGGAAAGAAAACGCAAUCCUUUCUGGCUGGGACCGUGUCUGAGGGCGGAGGCCGGGAGACAGUCCGUGAUGCUUUCUCUUCCAGGCAGAGGCCGGAAGUCUGUAAAGAGGGAAAGAGUUCAGGAGCUCUUCUAACAGGGAGGGCGAGAGGUGUUAGUAGUAGGGCCAGAGGUGAGGCUUUAGGGUCGAGUCUCUCCCCGGUGGGCGGAGAGUCCGAAGAGCCCUGAAAGGCAUGGAGGACCUGAGGCCUGGUCCUUUCCCUGCCGGCAGGGGGAGUCCCGAGAUGGACAGUCUGGAACCCCUCUCCGAAAAGCGUUUCCUUGACCGCUCUACCACUUUUAUACAUCUCGAAGCCGAGUGACAGCCGAGGUAAUUAGUUGCGAGCGACAGCUGUCUGGGCACCUUGGGCGCCAGGCGCCGGGCUCGGAGCCCGACGGCCCGAAUUCUCGCGAGAGCGGCCGCCGCCAUUUUUCCAUUGAUUGCAGCGGGCGGGGGGAGGGGCCGACGACGAAGGCGACGGCGGCGGCGGCGGCGGCGGAGCCUUGGGUCGGUGUCUGCGCGUUGGUGUCUGAGGCCCAGGUUGAGGCCUCCGCGAUAGCCCGAGCGCCGGCGGUGGAGAGGAUGACUUCCGCUGCCGUUUUUCUCCUGAGCUAGAGCGGCGCCGCCACCCUCCCCCUCCUCCGGCAGGGCGGAGAGGAGCGGCCGGAGUCUGAGCGAUGGUGCCCGGCGAGGAGAACCAACUGGUCCCGAAGGAGGAUGUGUUUUGGAGAUGCAGACAAAAUAUCUUUGAUGAAAUGAAGAAGAAAUUUUUACAGAUAGAAAAUGCUGCUGAAGAACCAAGAGUCUUAUGUAUAAUACAAGAUACUACUAAUUCAAAGACGGUGAAUGAACGGAUCACUUUAAAUUUACCGGCUUCUACUCCACUCAGAAAGCUCUUUGAAGAUGUGGCCAACAAAGUAGGCUACAUAAAUGGAACCUUUGAUUUGGUGUGGGGAAAUGGAAUCAAUACUGCUGAUAUGGCUCCACUGGAUCAUACCAGUGAUAAGUCUCUUCUUGAUGCUAAUUUUGAGCCAGGAAAGAAGAACUUUCUGCAUUUGACAGAUAAAGAUGGUGAACAGCCUCAGAUACUGCUGGAGGAUUCCAGUGCUGGGGAUGACAGUGUUCAUGACAAAUUUAUUGGUCCACUUCCAAGAGAAGGUUCUGUGGGCUCUACCAGUGAUUAUGUCAGCCAAAGCUACUCCUAUUCAUCUAUUUUGAAUAAAUCAGAAACUGGAUAUGUCGGAUUAGUAAACCAAGCAAUGACUUGCUAUUUGAAUAGCCUUUUGCAAACACUUUUUAUGACUCCUGAAUUUAGGAAUGCAUUAUAUAAGUGGGAGUUUGAAGAAUCUGAAGAAGAUCCAGUGACAAGUAUCCCAUACCAACUUCAGAGGCUUUUUGUUUUGUUACAAACCAGCAAAAAGAGAGCAAUUGAAACCACAGAUGUUACAAGGAGCUUUGGAUGGGAUAGUAGUGAGGCCUGGCAGCAGCAUGAUGUGCAAGAACUGUGCAGAGUCAUGUUUGAUGCUUUGGAACAGAAAUGGAAACAAACAGAACAGGCUGAUCUUAUAAAUGAACUGUACCAAGGCAAGCUGAAGGACUACGUGAGAUGUCUGGAAUGUGGCUAUGAGGGCUGGAGAAUCGACACGUACCUUGAUAUUCCAUUGGUCAUCCGGCCUUACGGGUCCAGCCAAGCGUUUGCUAGUGUGGAAGAAGCAUUGCAUGCAUUUAUUCAGCCAGAGAUCCUGGAUGGCCCAAAUCAAUAUUUUUGUGAACGUUGUAAGAAGAAGUGUGAUGCACGAAAGGGUCUUCGGUUUUUGCAUUUCCCUUAUCUUCUGACCUUACAAUUGAAAAGGUUUGAUUUUGAUUAUACAACCAUGCACAGGAUUAAACUGAAUGAUCGGAUGACAUUUCCUGAGGAACUAGAUAUGAGUACAUUUAUUGAUGUUGAGGAUGAGAAGUCUCCGCAGACUGAAAGCUGCACAGACAGUGGAGCGGAAAAUGAAGGCAGUUGUCACAGUGAUCAGAUGAGCAACGAUUUCUCCAAUGAUGACGGUGUUGAUGAAGGGAUCUGCCUUGAAAACAACAGCGGAGCUGAAAAGAUUCCAAAACCUGGACUUGAGAAGAAUUCCUUGAUCUAUGAGCUCUUCUCCGUUAUGGUUCAUUCAGGGAGUGCUGCUGGUGGCCAUUAUUAUGCUUGCAUAAAGUCUUUCAGUGAUGACCAAUGGUACAGCUUCAAUGAUCAACAUGUCAGCAGGAUAACACAAGAGGACAUUAAGAAAACACAUGGUGGAUCUUCAGGAAGCAGAGGAUAUUACUCCAGUGCUUUUGCAAGCUCCACAAAUGCGUAUAUGCUGAUAUACAGACUGAAGGACCCAGCAAGAAAUGCAAAAUUUCUAGAAGCAGAUGAGUAUCCAGAACAUAUUAAAAACUUGGUGCAGAGAGAGAGAGAAUUGGAAGAACAAGAAAAGAGGCAACGAGAAAUUGAACGCAAUACAUGCAAGAUAAAAUUAUUCUGUUUGCAUCCUGUGAAACAAGUGAUGAUGGAAAAUAAAUUGGAGGUUCAUAAGGAUAAGACACUAAAGGAAGCAGUAGAAAUGGCUUAUAAGAUGAUGGAUUUAGAAGAGGUAGUACCCAUGGAUUGCUGUCGUCUUGUUAAAUAUGAUGAGUUUCAUGAUUAUCUUGAACGAUCAUAUGAAGGAGAAGAAGAUACUCCAAUGGGUCUUUUACUAGGUGGAGUCAAGUCAACAUACAUGUUUGAUCUGCUGUUGGAAACAAGAAGACCUGAUCAAGUUUUCCAGUCUUAUAAACCUGGAGAAGUAAUGGUGAAAGUUCAUGUUGUUGAUCUAAAGACAGAAUCUAUAGCUGCUCCCAUCACUGUCCGAGCUUACUUAAAUCAAACAGUUACAGACUUCAAACAGCUUAUUUCAAAGGCCAUCCAUUUACCUGCUGAAACAAUGAGAAUAGUGCUGGAACGCUGCUACAAUGAUUUGCGCCUUCUCACUGUGCCCAGUAAAACCCUGAAACUUGAAGGGUUUUUUAGAAGUAACAAGGUGUUUGUUGAAAGUUCUGAGACUUUGGAUUACCAGAUGGCCUUUACAGACUCUCAUUUAUGGAAACUCCUGGAUCGGCAUGCAAAUACAAUCAGAUUAUUUGUUUUGCUACCUGAACAGUCUCCAGGAUCUUACUCCAAAAGGACAGCAUACCAGAAAGCUGGGGGUGACUCUGGGAACGUGGAUGAUGACUGUGAAAGAGUCAAAGGACCUGCAGGGAGCCUAAAGUCUGUGGAAGCUAUUCUAGAAGAAAGCACUGAAAAACUCAAAAGCUUGUCACUGCAGCAGCAGCAGGAGGGAGAUAAUGGGGACAGCAGCAAGAGUACUGAGACAAGUGACUUCGAAAACAUUGAAUCACCUCUCAAUGAGAGGGACUCCUCAGCCUCAGUGGAUAAUAGAGAACUUGAACAGCAUAUGCAGACUUCUGAUCCUGAACAUUUUCAAUCUGAAGAGCGAUCAGAUUCAGAUGUGAAUAAUGACAGGAGUACAAGUUCAGUGGACAGUGAUAUUCUUAGCUCUAGUCAUAGCAGUGAUACUUUGUGCAAUGCAGAUAAUGCUCAGAUCCCUUUGGCUAAUGGACUUGACUCUCACAGCAUCACGAGUAGUAGAAGAACUAAAGCAAACGAAGGGAAAAAGGAGACAUGGGAUACAGCAGAAGAAGACUCUGGAACGGACAGUGAAUAUGAUGAGAGUGGCAAGAGUAGGGGAGAAAUACAGUACAUGUAUUUCAAAGCAGAGCCCUAUGCUGCAGAUGAAGGUUCUGGGGAAGGACAUAAAUGGUUGAUGGUGCAUGUUGACAAAAGAAUUACUCUGGCCACUUUCAAACAACACUUAGAGCCCUUUGUUGGAGUUUUGUCCUCUCACUUCAAGGUCUUUCGCGUGUACGCCAGCAAUCAAGAGUUUGAGAGCGUCCGGCUGAAUGAGACACUUUCAUCGUUUUCAGAUGACAAUAAGAUUACAAUUAGACUGGGAAGAGCACUUAAAAAAGGAGAAUACAGAGUUAAAGUGUACCAGCUUCUAGUCAAUGAACAAGAGCCAUGCAAGUUUCUGCUAGAUGCUGUUUUUGCUAAAGGAAUGACUGUACGGCAAUCAAAAGAGGAGUUAAUUCCUCAACUCAGGGAGCAGUGUGGUUUAGAGCUCAGUAUUGACAGGUUUCGUCUAAGGAAAAAAACAUGGAAGAAUCCUGGCACUGUCUUUUUGGAUUAUCAUAUUUAUGAAGAAGAUAUUAAUAUUUCCAGCAACUGGGAGGUUUUCCUUGAAGUUCUUGAUGGGGUGGAGAAGAUGAAAUCCAUGUCACAACUUGCAGUUUUGUCAAGACGGUGGAGGCCUUCAGAGAUGAAGUUGGAUCCCUUCCAGGAGGUUGUGUUGGAAAGCAGUAGUGUUGAUGAGUUGCGAGAGAAGCUUUAUGAAAUCAGUGGAAUUCCUUUAGAAGAUAUUGAGUUUGCCAAGGGUAGAGGAACUUUUCCCUGUGAUAUUUCUGUCCUUGAUAUUCAUCAGGAUUUGGACUGGAAUCCCAAAGUUUCUACCCUGAAUGUCUGGCCUCUUUAUAUCUGUGAUGAUGGUGCAGUCAUAUUUUAUAGGGAUAGAACAGAAGAAUUAAUGGAGUUGACAGAUGAGCAAAGAAAUGAACUGAUGAAAAAAGAAAGCAGUCGACUCCAGAAAACAGGACAUCGUGUAACAUACUCACCUCGGAAAGAGAAAGCACUAAAAAUUUAUCUGGAUGGAGCACCAAAUAAAGAUCUAACUCAAGACUGACUCUGCUAGUGUAGCAUUUUCCCUGGGGGAUUUUGGUUUUAAUUAGACGGUUCACUGCUACUGUGUAGUGCCAUGAUGGCCGGACAUGGUUAGGGGGUAACCCAGUGACACCAGCACUGAUUGGAUGGCCCUUCACCAAUCAGAAGCUCAGUGCCCAGUGGGCCACUGUUUUGACUUGGAAUCAUGUUGUGCACUAUAGUCAAAUGUACUGUAAAGUGAAAAGGGAUGUGCAAAAAAACCAGAAAGUGAAACCUGCUACUAGAAAAGUGGGAAGGGGAAUGAGUAAACUUCUUUUCUUGCGGACAGAUGUGCACAUAGCCGCUAGUAAAACCAGCCUCAAACAGGAUGCUCAUAGCUUAAUAAUAAAAGCUGUGCAAAGGCCAUGAA